UAACUAAAUUCAUAAAGAAAAACUCGAUCGUUUGAGAAGAAACUGUACGUCAUUUAUGGCCGUCAAUGUACCCCAUUUAAUAAUUUCCACGAUUUCUGUUUAUUGAUAUAUAACAAUAUGUCAUGUUUGAAAAACCAUAAUAUAUUGUAAUACUAUUGUAAACAAAGUUUGGAUACAUAAAUCUUAGAUCAUUUAUUUAAGGUUAAAUAGUUCAAGAAUUGGAGUAUUUAAACAGUUGUAAAGUGUCAUUUAUACAACAACGUGAUGUCUCGAACAGGAACAAAACUUGAAGCGAAAAAAGUUAAUUCUGAAUUAUUCACAUUAACUUAUGGAGCUCUUGUUGCCCAAUUACUCAAAGAUUAUGAAAAUGUAGAAGAAGUUAAUAAACAAUUAGAUAGAAUGGGAUAUAAUAUGGGAAUUCGUUUGAUAGAAGAUUUUUUAGCACGUACAGGAUCUGGGCGGUGCUAUGAUUUCAGAGAUACAUCUGAAAAAAUUCAAACUGGAUUUAAAAUGUAUCUUGGAAUAACCCCAACAAUUACAAAUUGGAGUGCUGCAGGAGAUGAAUUUUCUUUAUACUUUGAAGCAAAUCCAUUAACUGAAUUUGUAGAAUUACCAGAUCAUUGUUUAAAUCUAAAAUAUUGUAAUAUAUUAACAGGUAUAUUAAGAGGUGCGUGUGAAAUGGUGCAAAUGGAGGUUGCGUGUUGGUUUGUUCAAGAUCAGUUGAAAAAUGAUAGUAUAACUGAAUUGCGUGUUAAAUUUAUUAAAAGGUUAGAGGAUGCAAUACCUGCUGGUGAAGACUAAAUCUUUAUUAGUAUUAUUAUAUUAUUAUGAAUAAACUUUAUAUCCAAA